AUGGAUGAAGCGUGGAGUCUUCACCAGGAGAAUGGAAGGAUUCAGUCUCUACUAAGUGACCCUUCGGCGGGGAGGAGAUGGGACAGAAGAAACGAUCGUCAAGCUUCAGAUGCCAGUGUGGUGCCAGCUAAAGGCUCUCCAAUGCUUAAGUCAGCUAGAGUGUGA